UGUACCACUACAGCCUCCCAAUUGUCCUGGCCAGCCUCACGGCCAUCUUUUACUUGGAUGAAGAAGAAAUCUCUACCCUCUACCUACGUGGCUCGUGCAUAAAACACAUGGCUUAUGGCCAUGGUGAUAUCAGUGAUAUCGCGUGAACAGUAUUUACUACGGUCCAUUGUAGUAUGCAUUUGGAACAUCGGUCUUCACUUCCUACAAGCUUCAUAAAACCGGUUUCAGCGUUAACUGUUCUUUCAACGUUGCUGCUUUCGCCAGCAGCGAAUGCGCUCCGCCCCCUCAACGAAUUUGUGCGUCACUAUGAGCCUCUUUCCUACAAGCCAAUGGCCGUUGAAAUGAACCAUGGAAGAAGCAAGCGCUCCUCGCAUCUCUCCCAUGGCCGUGUUCAUAUCGAAUUUGACGCCUACGGCAGGCAUUUCCACUUAAGUCUGACAAAAGACAGGUCUAGUUUUUCCGAUGAUUUUGUGAUGGAAACAGCAAGCCAAGGCAGAGUUGAAGCUAAUCUGGACCACAUCUAUUCUGGGCGUGUUGUCGAUGAACCUGGAAGCCACGUGUCGGGAUUCAUACUGGACGGGGUAUUCUAUGGGCGAAUUACAACAUCGAAAGACAUCUACUACGUAGAGCGUGCCAACAAUUACAUUAAGGGUGCCAAGGACUUUCACUCCAUUAUGUAUACUGCUAAGGACGUUACGUUCUCGGGUGCUGGCUGUGGAGUCAACCAACCAGGACCGACGGACAAAAUUGGAUGGCGACGCCGACGCAGACGCCUUCGGCGAUCGCGACGAUUCGUUGAGCCUGUCCACGUCAAGGACAAGCCUCGAUUCCUCGCCAACGCUAUCAGCACGGGUAAAACACUCAACAACGUGGAUAAUAUCAAAGCAACUACCGAAAAAGCAACGGAAACUCUUCCCUCCGGCGAUCCUGACGCGAAGAAGGUGUGCAACAUGGAGAUAGCCGUCGACCACACGCUCUACGAGUUGUUCCUCUACGAUUUUGGUGAACCCUUGAGAGCGAGGGAUAUGAUAUCGGGGAUAGUCAGUUCUCAUAUGUCCUCGGCCUCGGAGAUACUCCGAAACACAAACUUCGGCGGGAUUACGGGCAUUACCUUGGACGCAGAGAGAGUUCACAUCAACGAUAGCAAUUCUUGUGAAGGGAGAAUGGUAGACAGUAAUCCCUUUUGCUCAAAUUCCUUGGAUGCUUCGUACAUGCUGAGCGAGUUCUCUAAGAUCGACCACGGAAACUUCUGCCUUGCCUACGUGUGGACGUACAGAGUUUUUCCGGACCGUUUACUUGGCCUUGCUUAUGUGGCAUCGGACGGGAAUCCUGGAGGCAUAUGUGAGAAGUAUGUCCCGAUCCAACAUACAGUGUAUAGAAAGCCCCACUACCGACGUUGGAGCCUGAACACGGGGCUCAUUACCUUCAGCUCGCAGAACAAUCAUGUCCCUGAGCGCAUCAGUCAACUUUCUUUUGCUCAUGAGAUAGGUCACAACUUUGGUGCUCAGCACGACCCGCAACAGUGCUCACCUGCAGGAGAUGUAGGGAACUACAUAAUGUACCCCAGAUCCACACUGGGAGACAGACCAAACAACCGAAAAUAUUCAUCUUGCAGUAUCCAUCAGAUUUCCCGGGUACUGCGUCACAUGUAUUACGGAAGAAGUCGUAGACCUCUGUGUUUUAAAAAAUCCCAAGGUCCCAUAUGCGGGAACAAUGUUCAAGAAGAAGGCGAGGACUGCGAUUGCGGCUAUGACGAAACGGAGUGCAAAGACAGGUGUUGCUUUCCGAGGGAGAGCAAACAGAACAAUUCUCGUGGAUGCACGUUCAGGUCCAAAGCCAAGUGCAGCCCUUCCAACAGCCCAUGCUGCACUGUUGACUGCAAGUUCCACGCUUCAACGCAUAUUUGCCGCAAUGAAGACGACUGCAAUUGGGAAGCAUAUUGCGACGGAAGAACAGCCAAAUGUCCGCCAAGUACGACGAAGGCCGACGGGACUCUCUGUAACUUUGGCACUCAGCUUUGUCACAUGGGAGUCUGCGAGGUGUCGCUGUGUGAAAUGUACAAAAUGAAGCCUUGCUACCUUUCCGGGCCCCAUUGGGAGCCGCAAGAAAUGUGCCUCAUCGCAUGCAACAACUCGAGAGGCGAGUGCAAGCCGGUAUGUGAGUACGACAAGAUGUCUAAUCACUGUGGAAAGCUUCUGGAGCCCGGUUCGGCGUGCAACAAUCUGAUGGGCUAUUGUGAUGUGUUCCACGUGUGCCGCCCUAUUGACACCGAAGGACCGCUGUACCGAUUGAACCGCAUUAUUUUUGGAAGUGGUUUGCUACGAAAUUGGCUUCUCCGUAAAUGGUACAUAACGCUUCUUCUGGUGGCGUUCCUCUGCACUCUCAUGGCUACCUUCAUCCGAGUGUGUGCGGUUCGAACACCAACCAGUAUGCCAAGAGCAAAAGUCAACUAUACAAGGUUGAAACCCUAAUAAGUGUCGGACCUUUUGAAAACCGUGGACCUCCCGUUAUUUGAUGGAAGAUUCGCCGACAUACUUGACCGCAAUUAUUCUACUGGCGCGCGAGAAUAUUCCCGCCCGUCUUAUGGUCUUAUUAUCAAAUGACUGACUUGUGUAACGUUUGGGUAAUACAUUAAUAUCCUCAUUCUAUG